AUGUUCUCCGUCGUCAUCCCCGGCCGACCAUGUCUAACAGACAUUGUCGCCGUCGAUAGCCAACCAAAUGGCCAAGCAACAAAGUUCGCCUUCACAAUUCCUCUGAACCCAUCAUUCACCGAACUCGUUGUCUUUCUCCUCCCCGGCACAAUUCUCCCACCAAACACAGGCGCUGCCAUCUAUAUCCAGCUCCCAGACCCAAACACCGGCAACCCAACCGACUUCCGAUUCAUCGGCGCACUAGCAAACGAGAAGCCCUCCGGCAUCUUCAAGAUCCAGGCCUCGUCGCAAGCAAACAAUGGCCGCAGCGAGGCCGAAGAGGAAGACCAAAUGCUUGACGAAGGCUCUAGCAACACCGGUGGCGGCGCAAUCCCCUCGAACGGCGUCGCAACGCUAGGAAUCUCAAUCGAACCAGUCCAGAACAUCGCGCCACAGCUAUCAGCGCUAGAAGCAGAACGUGCACGUAACGAACCAUCCAGCUCCACCGCGCUGGUCGUCCAGACCCCGGAACAGCGACAACAAAAGCAAAUCACGACGAAGAUCCUAGCGCAGCGGAUCAUCGGCAGCGCAUUCAAUUUCCUGGCCAGCUUUGCCGAGAGCGAUCCUGCUAAUAAGGGCCAUGAAGUGGUUCCCUUGAAAAGCUUCCGCGAUUGGUGGACCAAGUUCGAGCGACGCAUUGAUAUGGAUCCCACGUUCUUGGAGCGCGCGGAUCCAAACGCGGCAUAA